GGAGGAUAAUGGAUGGGCAAUGCCAAUGCGCCACCUUCCACUAACCGACUCUCUUUGCAUGCGUGUUGACAAUUUUAUAAGUUCCCAUUUUUUUAGAGAAAAAAUUUAUUACCAUAACGCUACUACUAAUAUUUUAGGGCAGCCGCAGAUGUAAUUUAACCUGCCUUUCUCGCCGGAAAGAUAGCUUUCUACUACUCCACUCAACGCAAAACAAACCCAAUAUUUGUUUAAUGUCACUUUAAAUAUAUGUUACCUCUGCUCCUUCUACAAUCAACCAACAAACUCUCUUUGUCUCAUAUAUUAUUAGCUCUUUCUCUUGCUAAUAGUACCCCAUAGUUCCUAGGCCAUAUCUCUUCCUGGCUCUAAUCUUUUGCAGCUAUAUGGGUAAUUGUUGGGCUCUUCGUAGACCGAGUGAAGGUUCUUGCCUGGGUGCCGUUAACGCCAAGCCUGAGAAAGUUUUGCAGGUGGUGAAGAUAGAUGGAAAGAUACUAGAGUUCAGAGCACCAAUUCUUGUUAAAGAUGUCUUGGUGAAAUUCUCUGGCUCGGGUAUUGGUUUGUCAAAGACGGUUACCCAGCAUCUCCCGCUUGACUACAUUCUUCCUUCAGAAGACCCUGUCGGAGCUCCAACUCCUGAAAGAAUUUCAUCCGUGGGUGGUACACAACAAACCGGUGGUGUCAGGAGAAUAAAAGUUGUUAUAAGAAAGCAAGAGCUUCAGCAAUUGCUGACGAAGCAAAUAUCGGUAGAGGAGGUUCUUGCAGGGCUUGAGAAAAGUAAUGGUAAUUUUGUUGUAUCUCCUAGAAAUUGGAAGCCAAAGCUCGAAUCUAUCUCGGAAGAAAACGAGUAGUUGUUAAUAGAGUAACUAAAAUUUUUCUGUUGUUUCUCUAACUCUGAACUUCAGCGCAAUAUAUAUGUUUCUUGACAAAACAGAAUGAUGUAAAUGGAAUUGCCUGAAAUGAAAAGAAAUUGUAGCACAUACAGAGUAUCACUUUCA